UAUACCGGGGUGGUUGGAAUUUUGACCACCACGUGUCAAUCUAUAAAUAAAUACGGAGUAAUAGAAACCCCUAAGUCAGGAGUUUGGAGCUCAAAUUUUACAUGAGAGAAGAUGGCUGGUUGCGAUUCGCAGAAACAACUGCUAACCCUAAUUCGAGACUUCGCAUCCGAAAAAUCUCAAGGAGAGAGGAGAAUCGCGAAUCUGAAGAACCGAAUCGGAGAGCUUCUAUCUGAGAUAGAUGCUGCUCAUGCGAACCUUGAAGAAGCUAAGCAGGUCAAGGAAUCAAUUGAACAAGAGCUAAAAGGAAAUGAAGUAGAAUUGGGCAUGAGCGGGGCUUCAAUUCAAACUCUCGAGAUACGGAUUGCUUCUACCCAAGAAGAGAUAUCAGCCAUUGGUUCUAGUCUAAACACUCUUAAGGAUGAAGAAAGCACAUCAAGAGAGGAUUUCAUAAAAAGGAUGGUUGAGCUCAAAACAGAAAUUAGGAAAUUCUACGAGGCAAUAGGUUCAGCUUUCAGCAAGAGAAAAUCAAACUCUGAUUCAGAUAAGCCCAAUAAACUAGCCAAGAGGAAUCUUGAGGAUAAGCUUGCUCAUCUAGUUAGCCAGAUCACUAUGGAGGAAGAAGAUUAUCAAACAAUGAAGAAUGUGCAAAAGCAGGUCGAGGAAGAACAAAGUAUUGUGGCCAGGAGAGCAAAGUUGAUGGAGGCAGUAAUGAAGGAAAGCAUCAAGCGGCAGGAGUUGAAUAAAUAUCCUCCCUCCCUCUCUCUCUCUAUCUCUCUCACAUACAUGUAUAUAAUUAUUGCAAGAUAAUUGGGAGUUCUAUAUAAUGCAAAUGCUACACAAUUAGCUUGUGCAGUGGCUUGAGAAGAACUCUUGCAGUUAUUUUACUUAAUAUUUUCGCAUUGUCAGAUGCUCAAGAACUAUGUUUUACACUUGACUUGAAGCAAGAAGUCUAUAGUGUUGGAGAAUCAUUGUGCAUUCCUCGGUGAAGAGCUGCAAGGGAAAUUGGUGUGUCCGAAAUGUCACCAAGACAAUUCAAAACACUUGGCUGGCAUUCUUGGCCAGGUUAAUGGUUCAAACUAACUACUUGUAAUUGCAGACCAUUAAAAAGAUUUAAUGGUUCUGCUGAAACCUGGAGGUUUUGAUUUCCCUUUAAAGUUUGUACUAUACUACUAUGCCUAGUGGCUUUGAGGACGAAAUUGAAUCCCAAUACUUUUCUAUAAAUGAAUUACUCCCCU